UCUCUCUCUCUCUCUCCUAAACUCACUCUCUCUCUCUCUCUCAUGGAUACCCAGAACCCACUGAAGCACCGACUCUCAAGCAUGUUCCGAUCCUCACUCGGAUCCUGCAAAUCCAAAACCAUCUCCGACGCCAUUUCCCCACCCAAUCGCCACCCCACCCAUCGCAAACACCACCAGUUAUACCAACUCUUCUCUCCCAAACCCACAUUCACUUCAACUCAGAAACCCAAAAAACACUCUGAUGAAAAAAACAACCCCCAAGCACAGCUCUUCCCAGCAAGGCCCAGAGUAUCCGAUCGGAACUCACUCCUCCUCGCCCCGGCCCGAUCCCGAAACAAGAACUCCCACUAUUUUCCCUCUCUUGAAUCGCCACCACCACCCACUUCCCCGGUCGACACAUUCUUCGAUUUCCAGAAACAGAAGAAGUCGAAAAAGAAGAGGAACAAGAAGAGAGUGCACGGGCUGAAAAGGAGCGAUUUUGAGUCUUUUGACAACUACUACGACUGGUUCAGCAGCGACGACGACGACGAAGACAACGACGAUAGAACGACUCUUUUCUCUUCGAAGUCGCUCUCCUCCGACUCCUCGGAAUCUUUCCGCCGGAAGAAGGCGGCUUACAGGCGGAGGAGGGCUUCGAAGAGGGGGAGCGAGGCGGGUUCGGUGAGAUCGGAGGGAAAAGUGAAGGACGGUUGCGUUGUUGUGGAGAAGCGAUCGAGCGACCCGUACGAUGAUUUCACGACUUCCAUGGUGGAGAUGAUUGUGGAGAAGCAGAUUUUCGGUGCUAGGGAUCUGGAGGAUUUGCUGGAAACUUUUCUGUCUUUGAAUUCUCAUCACCAUCAUAGGGUUAUCGUUGAGGUGUUCACUGAGAUUUGUGAUGCUUUGUUUCCGAACUGGUCUUGAGUUAAUUAAAGAGAACUAGUGUACUAAGUGUAGUCUCUGUUUUCUUAAAACAAAAAAAAAACAAAAAAAAUUGGGUAUAUUUAACUGUUGUUUGUUUUAUUUUAUGGCUGAUUUUAGUCUCUAGAUCUUUUAGAGUUAUUUGAUGUGUUUUUAUCGUCAAGAUUUAGCUAGUGAAAAUGUGUGUUUGGUGCAAAAUGCGUACUUGGGCUACUUGUUUGGUAGACAGUUGGAUA